AUGUUCGCCAAGGCAGAUCUCCCGGUUCUUAGCCUUGUCUACUACUUGACCCUGGCAAUCUCCGCAGCCAUCUAUCUCACCAACAUCGCUCUCUUCGGUGUGAAGCACAGCUUGUUCGGUGGUGAAAACGCGGCCUUGCUGGCUCUGAGUCUGCCGAAGCUGGAUAUUCUGAUAUUCACGCUCUGUCCGCUGCUUCUUGCGCUCGGCAUGGCGCCGUGGAGUGUGCGACUUUGCGGCUACAUCAACACGAAGCAAGCCUUGGCUCAGGCCGCAGCAGUGAUUCUGGGUUCAGCCGUCGUUGGUCCCGCGGCGACGCUCGCAGGUAUUACUGCUUAUCAUGAGAGAAUUGUCGCUAGCCAGUAG